AUGUCAUGUUCUUGUAGAGUUUUCGACCUGGACAGGCUUUCGUGCCUACAUGCCAGAGCAGCUCUGAGUAAGAGGUAUCCAGAUACAUUUGGAGACUCCGUUCAUAACCACUCUUCUGCAUAUUACUCCACAGAUGCAUACUACAAAGCACAUGAAGGUGAUAUUGUCCAAAUUCCUCAUGAAAGUAAGUGGAUGAUUCCGCCAUAUAUACAGGGCGCACAAGUUUCCCCACCAAAAUACGUUCCUAAACUGGGUCGAAAGAGUAAUAAGAGUAAGAAAGGUGUCUUGGAGGAAGAACGUAGUCAUACCAAGAAACCAGCCAAGAGAAGAAAUAAAUGCUCCCUAUGCAAACAACCUGGACACAAGAGAAUCACUUGUAAUCUGAGUUUGUCACAAGUUGAGCAUAAUUCGUCACAACUUGAGCAGAACUCGCCACAAGUUGAGUAG